AACAACAUGGAACGCAGAAACCAAACAGAUGUUUCAGAAUUCAUUCUCCUAGGAUUAGCAGAUGAUCCAGAAGUACAGCCUCUCCUCUUCUGCCUGUUCCUGUCCAUGUACCUGAUCACAAUCCUGGGAAACAUGCUCAUACUCCUGGCUGCUAGUUCUGACUCCCAACUCCACACCCCUAUGUACUUCUUUCUCUCCAAUCUGUCCUUUACUGACAUCUGUUUAAGCACGAUCACAAUCCCAAAGAUGCUGGUGAACAUCCAAGCACAGAAUCAGCACAUCGCUUACACAGGCUGCCUCCUCCAGGUCUGGUUUGUUCUGGUUUUUAUUUGUUUUGAAAAUUGUCUGCUUGCAACAAUGGCCUAUGACCGCUAUGUGGCCAUCUGUCACCCACUGAUGUACACAGUCAUCAUGAAUCCCUGCUAUUGUGGACUGCUGAUUCUAUUCUCCUUGUUCAUUAGCAUUGGUGAUGCCCUGCUCCACAGUCUGAUGGCUUUACAGCUGUCCUUCUGCACUGACUUGGAAAUCCCACACUUCUGUGAACUUGCUCAUGUCAUCAAGCUCGCCUGUUCUGAUUCCUUCAUCAAUACCUUCCUAGCUAAUUUUAUGGCUAGUGUACUGAGUGGUAUUUCUCUCUCUGCAAUCAUUUUCUCUUAUAUUCAAAUCAUCUCUUCUCUUUUGCAAAUGCCAACGGUUGGUAGAAAAUAUAAAGCCUUUUCCACCUGUGGGUCUCACCUCUCAGUUGUUUUCUUGUUCUAUGGGGCAGCUGUUGGUGUGUAUAUUAGUUCUGCAGUUACUGACUCUUCCAGGAAGCUUGCAGUGGCUUCAGUGAUGUACAUUGAGGUUCCUCAAAUGAUGAACCCCUUCAUCUACAGCCUGAGGAACAGGGAUAUGAAGGGAUCCUUGAGGAAAAUAUUCAGUAGGAUAAGUGUUGUUUAA